CCCCACACUUCCCUCAACUCAGCCCUUGCUUUCCUGCUCACACACUCAUACAUCCUCUCUCCACUUUCCUGGAUCUAGAAGUGGAGGAAUAAUAUAUCAGCUAGUCAAUAUUCCUAUAAACUCCACACUAUAGAGUUAGGGACUGAAAAAGCUCAAAGAAACUUCUUUCUAUGGUGAUCUAAGACCUCUUGUUCCAGGUCUCCUGCAUCUCAGCUGGCUAACUGCAGAAAAAAAAAAAAGAAAAAACUUGGAAGAAACCCUUGAUAUAGCCUUCCCAAGGGUUACAAAGGAGAUGGAACAGAGAAGGGAGGAAUGGAAAGGACAUGGUCCAACUCUACUUCAAAUCAUCUUGUUUUUGGCUCUGCUGGCCGGGGUGCAUGGUUUUUGUGAUCCCCCGCCAAAGCUUGCCUAUGCCAUUCCAGUAACACCUUUGGAAAUAUUAGACCAAACUAUGAUCCCAGAAGGAACUCAAGUGAGAUACAACUGCCGCCCAGGCUACAGCCGGAAUAGCUCCAAGAUUACACUUACCUGUGGAACAAAUUCCUGGUAUCCCAUCACUCCAUUCUGUGUCAAGAAACGAUGCCAACACCCAGGAGAACUGAACAAUGGGAGAGUGAUUAUUAAGACAGACCUUGAAUUUGGUUCCAAAAUAGAAUUUAGCUGCUUGGAUGGAUACAACUUAAUUGGAUCAUCAACAAGUCAGUGUGAGAUUUUUGAAUCAGGAGUUACCUGGAGUGACCCCCUCCCAGAAUGUCAAAUUAUCAACUGUCCCCCACCACCAGUCAUCAGCAAUGGAAAGCACAGCAAUGGAGAAGACAUCUACAGCUUUGGCUCUUCUGUGACCUACAGAUGCAAUGAUCCAUUCUCACUUGUAGGCAAGGCCUCUAUUUCCUGUACUGUGGUAAAUGGGACUAUUGGUACAUGGAGUCCACAUCCCCCUACAUGCAAAAUGGUCAACUGCAAGCAGCCACAGAUUCCAAAUGGGAAAAUAUCCUCUGGUCUUGGACCCAUCUACACAUACAAAGAUACUAUUAUGUUUGAGUGCAACAGAGGUUACAUUCUAAAUGGUACCAAUAUGAUUCACUGUGGAGCUGACAAUCAGUGGUAUCCUGAUAUACCCACUUGUGUGAUCAAUGCCUGCACUGAACAACCAUUCAUUGAAAAUGCUGAACUUGAUUUCUAUCAUAGAAAUGAGAGAGUCUUCCCAGUAGGCACUGUAUUGACAUUAGCUUGUAAGCGUGGGUACAAAGCCAUUCCAGAUAGACUGUUUACUGCAACCUGUCAGGAAGAUUUUAUCUGGCAAAUGAGUGAAGGACAAUGUAUGAGAAUUUGUUGCCCAACACCAGUGAUUGAUGAUGGAAAAAUCAUACGGUUUACCAAUGACUGCAGAUAUACCCCAAGAAAGCAAAUUUCACUUUUCUGUAGAGGUUACAAAAAAUAUCAUACGUGCCAACACGAUGGCACAUGGAAACCUGAAAUAUCCAUUUGUGAAGAUAAAAACGAACCUGCCACCACAGAUUGCAACUCACCUCCAACCAUCACAAAUGGAAACUACAAAAUGGAUAAAGGAGUAUUUAACAUUGAUGUGAUCUAUUCAUGCAAUGAGGGAUAUGUCCUCGUUGGAGAAGCAGAAAACACCUGCAGAUUUUCAAAAUGGUCACAUCCUUUCCCUCGCUGUCAAGCUCUCUGUCCAAAACCAGAGGUACCAAAUGGAAAACUGUCUCCAGAGCAGAUUCAGUACCGAAGCACUGAAAACAUCAAUGUCCAGUGUUCCCCUGGGUAUUAUUUGGUUGGCCCUCAAAUCAUCACUUGCUCAGAGAACAGAUCCUGGAUCCCAGAGGUGCCCAAGUGUGAAUGGGAAUUCCCUGAAGGCUGUGAGAAAGUUUCAGCAGUCCGCAAGCUUAUGCAGUGCCUCCCAGAUGUCCAGGAUGUAAAGAUGGCCCUAGAGAUACAUAAACUGUCCUUGGAGAUUGAGAUGUUGGAACUAGAGCUAAGUAAAAAAAGGGAAACUAAUAAGAAGCCAUCACCACCAUCAUUUCCUCACCAAAUAGACAGGUAUCCACAAGGCCACAUUUCUGGUUGAAGCUUUUCUUUAGGUACUCAUUCAUAGGAAUAAAUGGCUGCACUGGGAGAGUUUGCUAAUGUACUUUAUGCUGUUGAAAAUGAGAAAUUGGUGAUCAUCUGACCUGUAGUAGUCCACUCUCCUAGACUGAGCAGCAUGGAUAGCUACUAUAAAUAAAACCAUCAGAAAAUCA